AUGCCUUCAAGACCGGCACAGGAGGGCCUGAGUCCCUUCACUUCUUCGAUCAAGCUUCCACCAGGGCGCCGCUCACGGAAGGGGUCAUUAAGCUCCAUGUCUUCACGCCCAAAUCUGGAUAAGGAAACACUCGCACAAGCGCUCGAUCAAAUCCACUCUUCGGCAUCACGGUCUGAUGGCCUGACCACCUUCGAUGAGUUCGCAGCGCCACCAGCUAGCUCUUCCCUAGGAAACGAUGGCAGGGGGUUGGCAGGUGACAUCAUGCAGGCGGGACAAGCAGGACUCAGUGGACUUUACAAUCGGCUCAAAGCAUCGGUAGGAGCUGGUAGAGAGGUUGCGGAGGGGCCUCCAACCAAGGCGGGAGACGAGAGUCCUGAUACCAUGUCUGUUAGCGGCCAGAAGAUUAGAGUUGUGUCGAAGCCUGUAAAGAGCUCCCCUAGCACGGCUAUCUCGUCUCCCGUCGUUGUUUCGACGUCGUCCUCCCGGUUACAGUCUCCUUUGGCCGCCACGUUUCAGGAAAGCUAUUCGUCACUACCGUACGCCCCUGCUAUCCCAUCGAUCGCCAGUGUGUCAAACCCUUCCGCAUCAGACCCAAACGCGCCGCUGCAAAUAUCGUCUAAGGUCAAACCUGUUACUGAGGUCGCAGCCAGCAAAGCGAUCAGGACCGACGAUUCUUGUACACCCCGCACCUCCACUCCUGCCAUCAGGUCUCAGUUAGCUGAAGGAACCUCUCAGUCAUCGGCUGAUUUCUCCCUUAUUGCGGAUGUUCUGCAAAGAUUUCCGGCGGAGGGCGUGGCACAGGCAACACUCGGCCAGCAAGGUUUAGACGCCGCGGUCCUUUCAGAUGUCGGCACGAGCGCUUCUGCCAGAGAGGACACAUCUGCGCUUGGGUCAAGAGGAGCAGAGGCACAGAUACAGCCUAAAAGCAAUAGCCUGGGCAAUGCUGAAUUAGUCAACGCUGACAAGCCCCGUAUCGUUCCAAUAGACUCUGUUCAGAUAGCUGCCAAUUUGAGUGACUUACCAGGUACCCAAUACGAUGAGAACAUGAGCCGAAAGUUUUCGGAUAGCGGUCUGGAUGCUGCUCCGCGGACGAUCGAGAGACAUUCUCGCCUACAAAACAGCCAGUUCCAGCCAGGGUCUAACCGAUCAUACUCUCCCUCAUCGGACGGCUUGAGCUCCGUGAAUCUAGUCACAGCUGCUCGACAGCCCAGCGUGUCCACUGUAGAAGAACAUCCGCGACCUGGCCCAGGGGGCAGGGCCCCUGACAACGUGCCCGAUCGUGCAAUCUCACAAAUGAGGAAUCGCAUUCUGGGCAAGGAGUUCUGGAUGAAAGACGAAAACGCCAAAGACUGCUUUUACUGCGGCGAGGCGUUUUCAACUUUCAGGCGAAAGCAUCAUUGUCGCUUAUGUGGUCAGAUAUUUGAUGGCAAAUGUACAUCUGUUGUCCCGGGCAGAUUGUUCAGCAUGCCUGGACACGUCCGAGUGUGCAAACCGUGCGAAGCCAUUAUCCACGGCAACGACGAUGAUUCGUCGUUCUACUCCGACGAUGGGGAUCUCAGUUCUCUCCACGAAGUGUCUAGUCCCGCAAAUGACCCGGAAGUGGGAAGACACGGGUCCGCACUGAAGCCAAAGUCACUCCAGGCGCAUUUGGAUACCCCAGCGUUCGGAACACCUACUAUGGGUAUACCUGUUUCCCGCAAGCCCGGUGAGAAUAAGCGCAGAUCCGCCGUCAUUGAAUUUGAAGACCAGCCGAUACUCGCGCGUCCGAGCUCAUCCAGGUCCCUCCGCUCUCUUGCUGGGAGGCCGCGGUCAUCGAGCCACAAGCGUCACCAUUCGCGGCAUCAGCACAUGAGGAGCAUGAAAUCAUCUCGCGAAGACUUGGCACCUUUCCACCAACAGGAGGCCGUCAACCCCACCAAGCGUUCCGGACUUCCAGCUUUUCACCAUGACAGUAUCAUUGACCCUGACUUGGCUCCCUUCAUGUCUGACGAAGGCUCAAGCGAAGACGAACAAGCAAGCAUCUUUACCGCCAUGAGCAGCGACCGACCGGUCAGUUUACCGACUGGGCACGAGAGGAGCAGUCUAGGAGGCUUGCUCGCCGCGCUCAGGAAGGGCAAGUCGCGCGCUGGCGAUAGCAAAGCUCUCGGGGGCUCGAUGGCGCCGAGCAGAGAUGCAGACAACGUCAGUUUAGCUAGCCGGCACCAGCCGCGUCGUUCGCGCAACCAUAAUAUCAGCAUCAGCAACAACGCCAUCGUCAAGCCGUCUCCAAGAAGAAGCAAGAGUAACAGUCUUCUGCAAACCAUUGGCGCUGGACUGGGCCAUAUCUCGGGCAGCCCUCCGGUUGCAGAGCAGCUGCUGGAUUUUCAGAACGGCGAUGGCUCUCACAUGAUACGCAGCGCAUCCAUGCGUGGCGCCGGUGCUCCGGCUAUAGAGCUCAACCGGGCUAGCUUGGAGCACGCGCGGAAGCUGCUUCGACAGAUGCUUCAAGACUACAAGAUGCCAGGCACAUCCAGCUGGGAGAAGGCACUGAUACCGAUCCUGCUACAGUGCACCGAUGAUGUGAACCCCGAUAUCCAGCGCCACGACGAUAUCGACAUUCGUAACUACAUCAAGCUAAAGAAGAUACCCGGUGGAAAGCCCGGCGACACUUCUUACGUGUCUGGAGUGGUCUUUACCAAGAACGUUGCUCUGAAGUCUAUGCUUCGAAGCGUUAAACAUCCGCGUAUAGUCAUCGUUACUUUUGCGAUUGAGUAUGCGCGACACCACCAGCACUUCAUGAGCCUCGAGCCGGUCAUCGCACAGGAGCACGAGUAUCUGGAGAACCUUGUCGGUCGGAUUGCCGCCCUCAAGCCGCACGUUCUACUGGUCCAGCGAAACGUGUCUGGUCUUGCCCUUCAGCUGCUGGACAAAGCUGGCAUUGCGGUAGCCUACAACGUAAAGCUGUCCGUGCUCAACGCAGUAUCGAGAUGCACUCAAGCACGCAUGAUCUCUUCCAUUGACAAGCUGGUGGGAGACCCGUCAUACAUAGGGACCUGUUCAAGCUUCGAUGUCAAAACCUACGUUUACGACAACAGAAAAAAGACUUACAUCUAUUUGUCCGGUUGUCGGCCUGAACUAGGCUGUACAGUGGUGCUUCGUGGUGCCAGUCUCGAUUGCCUCCGGAGACUCAAGCGGAUUACGGACUUUCUAUGCUACGUUGUAUAUAAUCUCAAGCUUGAAACCUCACUUUUGCGGGAUGAGUUUGUGCUGAUACCCGCAUCCACCGAUACUGGAACGAUUUCGUCGAGCACAAAAACAGCGAAAGAAGCCACCACAGAUGUUCGUGCCGAGCCUGACACUUCUGCCGCUGGCGAAGCUCGAGCCACUCAUGGUGCCCAAGAGCAAGUCGCGCACGCAUCGGCGGAUAAGACCUCCACUGAAGCUCCUAACAGUGAUGAUACGAAUGCUUCUCUCGAGAGCCAUGAGGGUGCGGGAGCGGUGACUACUGGCAGCGAAGCCACACAGGAUGAGCCGCCGGUACCCGAAGAUGUUCCAAUGCCGUCUUUCUACGGUGACAUGGUUGAAAAGCACAAGACAAGGAUCCUCUCAAGCUCCCCAUUUGUCAAAUACAUGCAACCGUACCUCUUGAUGAAAGCUCGUGAGCAGGAACGCCGCCUAGCCUGGCUCAAGCGGCUUCGAGAUGAGUACACGGACAAGGAGCAACCCUCGGAGGAAGGGGACUCAACUUCGGAAUUCGAGCUCGUACAACCAGAUAUGGUGCAUAAUGUCCCACGAAAAGCUUCGAAACAAGUUCGGGAAUUCCUUCAUGCGGUUCAUGCAGCGGAGUACGACAAGGCUAUGCACAACUACCUUACUCAGAAACGUCAGUGGGAAGCAUACAUCUCCGGCAACGUCGACCUUUUCGAUCCUUUCGUUCACCAAAGGAUUGCGGUGCUCUACAGCUUGGUAAACACUACAACUUCCACGCCCUGUUUCGGACCCGAGAUUAUAUCUUUUGACUUUUACAACGAGCGCAAGCCGGAUUUAGAGGCUGAUUGCACACUUGGGCAAUACGUGGAGGAUCUAUGCCAAGGCGCCUACGACAAGUGCACGUCAAACGUUUGUGAUAAGAGAAUGCUCGACCACCACCGCCAAUACGUGCAUGGAGACGGACAGAUGAGCGUCAUUGUUGAAAAACAUCCGUCUAAACUUCCAGGUCUAUCUUAUACUAUCCUGAUGUGGAGUGUAUGCAGAAUUUGUGGGCAAGAAACAAGCGUGAUGCCGAUGUCGGAUAAUACGUGGAAGUACUCUUUUGGCAAAUAUCUGGAAUUAACCUUCUGGAGCAGUCAGCUGCACCCGCGGGCUAGAGUUUGUCCACACGACAUCCACAAGGACCAUGUCAGGUACAUUGGAUUCAAGGACAUCGCUCUAAGGAUUCAGCACGACCCGAUACACUUGUACGAGAUCAUCGUGCCCAGGUCCAUUGUCGCCUGGAAAGUGGACAACGACCUUAGGCUAAAGAACGAGCAGUUCACCAAAAUUGAGGCACGGCUAGACAGGUUCAUGCUUUCGGUCAAAGCCCGCUUGAAGAGCAUCCACGCUGAAAGCGUUGUGCCAGAGAAGGUCGAAGCUUGUAAGGUAGAGCUUGACAGGCUCAACAAAAAGGCCAACGAUGAACACGAUGCUCUGAAGCGUAAGCUGCAGAAAAAGUACAUGAACUCGCGAUACUACGAGAUUGUUCCACUCAACCGCGCGGUCCGAUACAUCCAGGAAAAAGCGAUUGCCUGGGACGAGGUGUUCGCCGAGUUCGAACGCCAGUUCUUCCCCUCGGAGAAGGAUAUCAGGCGACUCGCCGCUUUGCAGCUGCGCAAGAUCUUCUUGGACAGGGACGAGUCCGUCACUUCCAUCAGCUCGAUCGAAGAAGAGCUGGAUGAAACGGCAACCGAAAACACCGGAACCAAUACUCCCUCCAGAAGCGGUUCAGUGACAGUGGCGCCGAGACCUUCGCACAUGUCCCCCGAGGAAGCGCACGAUGUUUUAGACUCUGUCGUGAAGGAGGACCGAGCUGCGAGCGUGGGAGGUUCAAGCAGGGAAGACCACGCAAAGAAUGAAGACGCCAAUGGAAGCACUGUUGUGCCGGCGGCUGACAAGAGCCCUUUGCAUCUACCGAUCGAGACUUCAUUACAGUCAUUAGAGAGGGAAGACGUUCGACACUUGGAUCUCGCAGUCUCAUCCAACUUUCCUGAUAUACCACCUGCGACUGAGCAGUCAGAUAACGCGCGGUUACCAUCUGAAGAUAUAUCAGCGACGCUUCCACACACAAACACUGACUCACCCACUGUGCCUGUUCCGUUAGACCGCUCGAUGUCGGAGAUUGUUGAACCGACUCAUAGCGAAAGCAUGAUAGGGCCGCAAGCACUUGAGGGGGCCUCUGAGUUUUCCUCUGAGUCGAGAAUUCCGAGAUUGGUAGAAGCCAUUCGUCGAGAAGGCGCGUCACGGCUGCCUCUCUCACGGGCUCAGACACAGCCAACAACCAGUAAUCGACAGGAGGCCACAUCACUGGAUUCAACUUCACCCACCACACCAGCUACACCUGGCGUAACGAGCAAUUCCGAACCGCUGCGGCCAACUCUGGCCGAAGCCGCAAAAGCUCUAGAAAAGAGGAUGGUAGAGCGACUUGGCAUUCACGCCCAUAGAAUAGGCAAACCCGGUACAGGCUCUAUGAUUCCUCGAUCUGUACCAAGCAAGCGCAGCGACUCCAAGGUCUCGGCCCUGGCGAAACACUUCGAUCAGCUGAGCCGGGAGUUCGAGAAGGAGCGUCUACGAGAGCGACGACAGCGAGCGGCGAGGAGUAGACAAGCUCGGGCCUACCCUCUUGCUUCGUCCAGGCCCAUUGUCGAGGUCUAUCGAGAUGCGCAUGAGGCUGUACAUGGACGACGUACACCUGAUGAGGAUCUCCCAUCGAGUCCGCCAAUGCGACCAAGUACCGAGACCAGCACAAGCUUGGAAGAUAGUACCGUGACUGAGAACACAGCCACAACCACUGGAGACGAAUCGCCUAUCGAAGAGCACCCUACCGACGACGGGCUCUCUAAGCCCUCAGAAGGCGAGGAUCGCCCCGCAUCACCCAGCGGCCACGUCUCAGAUGCCGAGAACGAUGCGAGCGAUGUUGAACACACCGUCUUGGAUGAUCUUGAGAUGCCCGAAGGCACCAUCGACGAAGGCCAGAUCUUGUCUCCGUCCGAGUCUCAACUUGAUCUUAGUCUCGAUCUCCCAAAACAUGAGAAGACCUCGCUCAUGAAGAUGCUGACGAGCUUCUGGUCUGAACGCUCGGCGAGCGGCUGGGCGCCGCUUGACUAUCCAUUCGCUCCGAUCGAGCAUGUGUGGGAAGACUCAGACAUUAUCGUUCGGGAAGACGAGCCUAGCUCUAUCAUAGCCUUGGCGCUUUCAAGCCCAGACUACCUGUCGAAGUUGCAAGCGUUCCGCGCUCAGGCAAGUGCCGAGGAAGUCGGGAUCGACGUGCCUCUGCAGAAUCCCGACGAAGCUUCCAUAGAGCGCAACCUCCUCCACCAAGCAAACACCAACAUCCGAUACGCCUUCCAGAACCGCGGUGUCCGAGCCCAAUGCAAGAUCUUCUACGCUCAAUCCUUCGACGCGCUCCGGCGUAAAUGCGGCGUCGCCGACCGCUUCGUCGAGUCCCUCUCCCGGUGCCUAAAAUGGGAUUCCAAAGGCGGGAAAACCAAGUCCCUCUUCCUGAAGACGCUCGACGAUCGCUUCGUCCUCAAGUCCCUCUCCCCGGUUGAAGUCAACGCCUUCUUCAAGUUCGCGCCGAACUAUUUUUCGUUUGUGCACCAGAACCUCUUCAAAGGCCUUCCGUCGCUGAUUGCCAAAAUGUUCGGCCUCUUCCAGGUCGUCAUCAAGAACCCAGCCACGGGCCGCGACUUCGACUGGUUCAUGCUGGUGAUGGAGAAUCUGUUCUACGACCGCGAGCCGAACCGACGGUUCGAUCUCAAGGGCUCGAUGCGGAACCGCAAGAUCCAGAGCACGGGCGAGAGGGACGAGGUGCUGCUGGAUGAGAACCUGGUCGAUAUUAUCUUCGAGCAGCCGAUCUUUGUAAGGGAGCACACGAAGAAGCUGCUUAGUACGGGGGUCUGGAAUGAUACGCUGUUUUUGAGUCUGAGGAACGUUAUGGACUACAGCCUCAUGGCGGGGUUUGAUGACGAGAGGAAGGAGAUUAUUGUUGGCAUCAUCGACUGCAUUCGCACCUACACCUGGGACAAAAAACUCGAGUCCUGGAUCAAAGACCGGGGCAAAAACAAACCAACUAUCACGAGCCCGAAAGAGUAUCGCAAGCGCUUCCGCGAGGCCAUGUCGGCGUACAUCCUCCAGGCGCCGAACUGCUGGCAUGGGUACCAGCAGCAGAUUCAGAAGGCGACGCUGAAGAUGGAGCCGAAGAGGGAGGGGCGGGAGGGGGUUGGGGAAGGUGAAGAGGAGGCGCAGGCGCAAGUUAUUGUGUGA